AUGGCUACCGACGAGAAGGUGGGCCACGCCCCGGCCGCCAGCAUCGAUUCUGCAAACCAAGCCGGUAACAGAACACGCGCCACCUCCGAGACCGAAAUCGUCCCUGGCGAUGUUUCACGCGAUCAGUCCCCUACUCCCAUCGACAAGCCCCUCGACGAUGACGAGGCCGAGCUCGAGCGCAGGAACUCCAUGGUCCAGGCCCUGGCCAGGCAGUACACCCGCCAGUCCCACGUAGGAAUCACCGGCAACCCAUUCGUCGCGGACGAGAAGUCACCUCUAAACCCCGCCUCCGAGAACUUCAAGGCGAGCGCCUGGGCUAAGGCUGUCGUCGACAUGGUGGUCGGAUCGGGUCAUCAGUUCCGCACUGCUGGUGUCGCUUUCCAGAACCUCAACGUCUUCGGUUUCGGCGAGGCGACCGAUUAUCAAAAGGAUGUGGCCAACGUCUGGCUCACCCUGGGCAAGUACGCCCGCUUAUUGACUGGCGGCACCAAGAGGCGCAUCGACAUUCUUCGCUCCUUUGAUGGUGUUGUUGAGAAGGGCGAGAUGCUUGUCGUGCUUGGUCCUCCCGGUUCCGGCUGCUCCACCCUGCUCAAGACAAUUUCUGGAGAGACGAACGGCUUGUACAUUGAUGAUGGCUCGUACUUCAAUUACCAGGGCAUGACUGCCAAGGAGAUGCACAGCGCCCACCGCGGUGAAGCCAUCUACACUGCCGAAAUCGAUGCUCACUUCCCCCAACUCUCCGUCGGUGACACCCUUACCUUUGCCGCCCAUGCGCGUCAACCCCGGAGACUCCCCGAGGGCGUUACGAAGACCAUGUUCGCAAACCACCUCCGAGACGUCGUCAUGGCCAUGUUCGGUAUUUCCCACACCGUCAACACUCGAGUGGGUAACGAGUACAUCCGUGGAGUUUCCGGAGGCGAGAGGAAGCGUGUGACCAUUGCCGAGGCUUCCCUGUCCGGUGCUCCCUUGCAGUGCUGGGACAACAGUACUCGAGGUCUUGACAGCGCCAACGCCAUUGAGUUCUGCAGGACCCUCCGCCUCCAGACUGAGCUCUUCAACAACACCGCCUGCGUGUCUAUCUACCAGGCUCCUCAGUCUGCCUACGAUCUCUUCGACAAGGCUACCGUGCUUUACGAGGGUCGCCAGAUCUUCUUUGGCAAGGCCACCGAGGCCAGGCAAUACUUCAUCAACCUCGGCUUCGAGUGUCCCCCUCGCGCCACAACCCCCGACUUCCUGACCAGUAUGACCAGUCCUCAGGAACGCAUUGUCCGACGCGGAUUCGAAGGCAGGGCCCCCCGUACCCCUGACGAGUUCGCCGCGGCAUGGAAGGCCAGCAACGAGUACAAGGUCCUCCAGGCCGAGAUCGAGCAUUUCAAGGACAAGCACGCUCUCAAUGGCCCCGACGCCGAGGCCUUCCGCGCCAACAAGAAGGCCCAGCAAGCCAAGGGCCAGCGCUCCAAGUCGCCCUUCACCCUCUCCUACAUCCAGCAAGUCCAGUUGUGCUUGUGGCGCGGUUUCCGCCGCCUCAUUGGUGACCCCAGCUUGACCCUCGGUGCUCUUAUCGGCAACUUUAUCAUGUCUCUUAUCAUCGGUUCCGUCUUCUACAAUCUGGAUAUGACCACCGGCAGCUUCUUCAAGCGUGGUGCUCUGGUGUUCUUCGCCUGUCUCAUGAAUGCCUUCUCUAGUGCUUUGGAAAUUCUCACCCUGUAUGCCCAACGCCCCAUCGUCGAGAAACACGCUCGGUAUGCCUUGUAUCAUCCCUCAGCUGAAGCCGUAGCUUCUAUGCUGGUGGACAUGCCUUACAAGGUCAUGAACGCUAUCGCAUUCAACGUCGUGUUGUACUUCAUGACGAAUCUCCGACGUGAACCUGGCGCUUUCUUCUUCUUCCUGCUGAUGACCUUCACGACUGUCCUUGCCAUGUCAAUGAUUUUCCGAACCAUCGCCUCGGCAUCACGAACACUCUCGCAGGCCAUGGUACCGGCCGCUAUUCUCAUUCUCGGUCUCGUCAUCUUCACUGGUUUCGUCAUCCCCAUCGAUUACAUGCUGGGUUGGUGCCGCUGGAUGAAUUAUAUCGAUCCGCUUGCGUACGCUUUCGAGUCGCUCAUGGUCAACGAGUUCCACAACCGCCAGUUCACUUGCACGGAGUACGUGCCCCCCAUGAUCGGCGCCUAUGCCGACGUCGGCCCUGCGAACCGUGUGUGCACGGCUAUUGGCUCCAUUGCGGGAUCGCCGUUCGUUUCCGGCGACGACUACUUGGAGUCUGGGUUCCAGUAUCGAUGGUCGCAUAGGUGGCGAAAUUUCGGUAUCCUCAUCGGUUUCAUCCUCUUCUUCCUGUCUACGUACAUGAUUGCCGCCGAGCUCGUCUCUGAGAAGAAGUCCAAGGGCGAGGUUCUCGUUUUCCGCCGUGGCUACAAGCCCGCCUCGCUGAAGGAGAAGAAGUCGGAUGAUCCUGAGGCUAUGAUGGCCCAGGUCGGUCCUAUCACCACCCGCGAUGCCGAUCCCACUCUUGCCGGUCAUUUGCAGCAACAGACCUCGGUCUUCCACUGGAAGGACGUGUGCUACGAUGUCAAGAUCAAGAAGGAGAAUCGCCGGAUUUUGGAUCAUGUUGACGGUUGGGUUAAGCCUGGUACCCUGACGGCGCUGAUGGGUGUUUCCGGUGCGGGUAAGACGACUCUGCUCGACUGCUUGGCCGAUCGAGUUUCCAUGGGUGUCAUUACCGGUUCCAUGCUUGUCGACGGCCACCCCCGUGAUACCUCGUUCCAACGCAAGACCGGUUACGUCCAGCAGCAGGAUCUCCACCUCCAAACCACUACCGUCCGCGAAGCGCUCAACUUUAGCGCUCUCCUCCGCCAACCCGCUCAUGUCCCUCGCGAAGAGAAGCUCGCCUACGUCGACCAGGUCAUCAAGCUGCUCGACAUGGAAGAAUAUGCCGAUGCUGUCGUCGGUGUUCCCGGCGAAGGUCUGAACGUCGAACAGCGAAAGCGUCUUACUAUCGGUGUCGAACUUGCUGCUAAGCCUCCUCUGCUGCUCUUCGUCGACGAGCCCACUUCCGGUCUUGACUCCCAGACUUCCUGGGCUAUUCUUGAUCUCCUCGAAAAGCUCACCAAGAGCGGCCAGGCCGUCCUCUGUACGAUCCAUCAGCCCUCGGCCAUGCUCUUCCAACGCUUCGACAGGCUCCUCUUCCUCCAGAAGGGCGGUAAGACAGUCUACUUUGGCGAGAUCGGUGAGCACUCCAAGACGAUGAUUUCCUACUUUGAGCGCCACAGCGGGCUCAAGUGCCCUGAGGACGCCAACCCCGCCGAGUGGAUGCUCGAGGUCAUCGGCGCCGCGCCGGGUUCGGAGACGGAUCUCGACUGGUUCCAGACCUGGCGCGAGAGCCCCGAGUACAGAGGUGUCCAGGAAGAACUUCAACGACUGGUCGACACACGCGGCCCUGUCCCUACAAGGGAGGAGGAUGCCGGCAGCUACCGCGAAUUUGCGGCGUCGUUCCCCCAGCAGUUCCGCGAGGUUUCUCUCCGUGUUUUCCAGCAGUAUUGGCGUACGCCUAGCUACAUUUAUUCGAAGAUUACUCUUUGCGUGCUUGUGGCUCUGUACAUUGGUCUCGUUUUCUUAAACGCUCGCAACACUAUCCAGGGUCUCCAGAACCAAAUGUUCGCCAUCUUCAACAUUCUUACUGUGUUUGGUCAGCUCGUGCAGCAGACUAUGCCGCAUUUCGUCAUUCAGCGUGAUCUGUACGAGGUUCGCGAGCGACCGUCCAAGGUGUAUAGCUGGAAGGUGUUCAUGUUGUCUGAGGUCCUCGUGGAGCUCCCGUGGUGUUUCCUCCUCGCUGCGCUCAUGUUUGUCUGCUGGUACUACCCGGUCGGCCUGCACCGCAACGCCGAAGCCGCUGGGCAGACGACGGAGAGAGGCGCGCUCAUGUUCCUCUACCUUUUGCUCUUCCUGCUCUUCACCUCGACGUUUACAGACUUCAUCAUCGCCGGGUUUGAGACGGCCGAGGCAGGCGGCAACAUCGCCAACGUGCUCUUCAGCUUGUGUCUCAUUUUCUGUGGUGUCCUCGCCAACCCUGACACCAUGCCGCGGUUCUGGAUCUUCAUGUACUACAUCUCACCCUUCACGUACAUCGUGUCGGGCAUGCUCUCGACGGCGGUGGCCAACACCAACGUGGUCUGCGCCGCCAACGAGAUCCUCCACUUCGCGCCGCCACAGGGCAUGACGUGCAUGGAGUACGUCGGCCCCUACAUGGCGCAGGCGGGCGGCUACCUCGUGGAUCAGAACAGCACGACGGAGUGCCAGUUCUGCGCCGUCUCGGAGACGAACACGUUCCUCAAGGGCGCGCGAGUCUAUUACAGCGAGCGGUGGAGGAAUUUCGGCAUCGUGUGGGGAUACAUUAUAUUUAACAUUGUGGGGGCGUUGGUGAUGUACUGGAUCGUGCGUGUGCCGAAGAAGGGUGGCUUGUUCGGGAAGAAGAAGCAGGAGUAA